CGCGAAGGUACCGGUAAGUCAAGCUAAGUCUUAGCUGCGGUGCGCAUUUUUAUAAUCUACAUUCAAUUCCCAUCUGCGAAACGAUUCACAUGUAGACAAACAAACAAACAAGUGAACGAUGUCUUCGAAACUCACCAUACUGACGUUCGCCGCCAUUAUUUCUAUUUGCUAUGGUGUGGAGCGCAGCAAUUACGAUAUAAGCCGAAACAGGAUAAAUGGCGCUCGUAACGGAGCUGGCUACUCCCAGUACCCGUACGGACAACAUCCAGGCCAGUACCCCAGUGGACCAGGAGUCUAUCCUGGAGGACAGUACCAGGGACACUAUGGGGGACAAUAUGGCGGGCAGUAUGGGAACUAUCAUCCCGGGCUAGAAGGCCCGCCUGGUGCUCAUCCCGGCUGUCCGCUGUGUGAUAUGUCUGUGUACAGCUAUUGUUCACGUAAGCAAGCGCACGAUUCCUGCUGCUGUGAAAAUUCUGGCUAUCAUCCAUUCUCGUGCCGAAGAACUGACUGCAAGUUCUUGUACGCGAAUUCCUGUGAAGAAUACCACCUUAUAACUAACUGUUGUUGUGUUGACUUAGAAAAGAAUGCUGUAGUUCCUUCUAUAGUAGCUGCUCCUGUUGUAGCUUAGGCAACUUUAUGAGGAUAGCUUUAAAGUAUAAAUUACUAUAAAAUCAUUUUCAUAUUCAUCGAAGUAAUUAAAAUAAUUUUAGGUAUAAGUUACUUUACUAGUAAUGCAACAAAGUCUAACAUUCUGUA